AUGUCGGAAGAGAACGAGAAAAUUGCUCCGAAUCGAAAUGAACGAAACGAUUCAACAUCGAAGUUUCAAGACGAGAUAUUCGGUGCUAUCAACUCGACCAUCCAGAGCGUUCAUAAUAUGUGUCAACAGUUGUUGGAGAAACAGAAAACUCUCGAAAACUCGAACUUGGAAAUCACAGAAAAACUUCGAUCGGCAGAAGAGGAAAUCAAGAAAAUUUCACAAAAACAUGAAGGAGACACAGUCGGAGAGGAACUCGGUGAAGAGACGACAAUCUGCCUCAAGAAUUCAGUCACUUCACCAGAGUGUUCAGAUGAAAAAUCAUCUCAGAUGCUGCCAAUGACUGGAAAGUGUUUUGUGCUGAAACAUGUUUUCACAGAUGUUCAGUACAUGAACGAAGUAGUAAGAAAUUAUGGCAAAGAAGAAGAACAUUUUGGUUCAACAUGGCAAGUAUAUCUGUGGAAACAAGAUGAUCACCUUGCCUUAUGUUUGAAAUGCGUCAAAUCAUUGAGUGGGGAGAAAUGGUUGAUUUCAUCAGAUGCUCAAUUCAAACUGGUCUCGACAAACGGAAAAUGUCAUUCUCAUUUGAUGAGUGGUUCCCAUGGAAAUGCGAAUGGAAACAACAAAUUUGAUGCUUACGAACCGAAGCCUUUUAUCGAAUGGAAAAGAAUGAAGGAAGAAUUUCUCGAUGAUGGCAAGCUGGCCGUUGAGAUUCAUGUGAAAAUCAAGGAAAUGUCAGGAAUCUAUAAGAAUGAAUUGAAAAGUUUCGGCGAUGAAAUGAAAUCAUUUUCUGAUGUUGUUCUUGUUGUCAAUGAGAAGAAGUUCUUUGUGUCGAAAUUGUAUCUCUCUGGACAUUCUCAUUAUUUCAAUUCGCUUUUGAUGGGGCAUUUCGAAGAGUCAAAGAAAUCUGAAAUCACAUUGACUGGAAUCGACGCGGACGAUUUUCAGAAGUACCUUGAAGUUCUUUAUGCAGAACAUGCUAUUGACGGAAUCCUCAUGGUUGCUGACAUGUAUGAUACUCCAAUAAUCAUUCGAAAAUGCGAAGAGUUUUUACUCGAAAAAUCUAAGAAGACAUUGAAAAAGAAGUUGCAAAUGUCUACUCGCUAUAAUUUGCAAGCAUUGACGAAGAAGUGCCUCAGUGAAAUCAAAACAGCGACUCACCUUAAAUCUGUUAUCCCCGGAGAUAUUAACGAUUUGGAUAAACCGAUUAUGGCCGAACUCUUUCAAAAAGCUCUCGCACUACUUCAUUGA